GAUUUUGCUGCAACAAUUCUUAAUUUUUGUUUUCGUUUUUUGGCAGGGUUAUCGAAAUUCCAAUAGUUUAACUCAUGCGCUAGGCGCUGGUAUGAAUGAUCUCCACUUUUGUCCUUUCCCACUCCCCUGAUCCAUUUAAUACAAACGACGUCCAGAUUAAACUUCCCGAAAUUCUUCGAGGUCCAACCACCUCAAUUCAUUUUCCGGCGAUUUCGGGCGGGCGGGUCUCUCUCCGCUCCCACCACCAUGAUCGAAUCCAAGCCUUUCCAAAUAUCUGUCGAUCAUGAUGCUGCUUACGCGGAUUAUCAAAUCCAAUUGGACCCCCCGCCGCCGGUCAUCAACCACCUUGAUUUCUCUGCCUACCAGGCCGCCGUCGCCGUUCAGCAACCCCAAAUCCAAUCCAACGAAUGGUUCGAUUUCUCCCCCAAUCCGAACAAAAUUGACAAUGCAGCACCCGCCGCUUUCCCUUGCGACGCCCCCGUCGCCGUUCCCCCAAAUAUUGCGGCAGAGUUAGACGAAUUCGAGGCUCUCAAGGCCGCCGAAAUCGAAGACGUCAGUGCCUGGCUAAGAGGGGUCGACGAUACUAACAAGCUCUAUCCAUCGAAACAACUUGCCGACACUCGAAUCGGCUACGAGAAUUGCGGCGGAUACGCGGCGGCGCAGACUACGACCACUAUAUUCAUGGGAGGUCAGGCGCUGACGCUGCCGAUGGAGACGGCGGAGAUCGACAGCCAGGUGAGCGUAACCCACCUAACGAAAGCAUACGCGGAGGCGAUGGAGAACAAGCAGGCGGAGCUGGCGGAGAUGAUCACGGGCCGGAUCAGCGAGAAAGUGAGCCCCACCGGCGAGAUCAACGACCGGCUGUUGUACUACGCAUUCCAGCCGCUGGACAAACAAACAGAGUACCUGAAACAAGAGUCCGGCAAGAACUUCGACAGAGCAAUGGAAGCCUUCUACCGGAUUUUCCCUUACGGGAUGGUGGCGCAUUUCGCGGCGAAUUCGGCGAUCCUCGAAACGACGACGCAGGACACCGACGUGCUCCACAUAAUCGACUUCGACAUAGGGGAAGGCGUCCAGUGGCCGUCGCUCAUUCUCGCGCUCGCCCAGCAGCAAAGAGAAAUCCCCCAGAUCUCGUCUCAGGGCUUCUACGACGCCGUGUUGCAGCCGCAGCAAAGGACGACGACGACGGUGAGGCUGACGGCGAUCAACUGGAAGAGCGAGGAAUUCGGGCACGUGAAUUCGAGGCGGAGAUUCGAAGGCACGAAGAGGCAACUUCAGGACUACGCCAACUCGUUCGGCGUGAUAAUGAAAGUGGAUGAGAUGGAGAUUCAGGAUGUGGAGAGGGAAGUUCGGAGAAGCUUGAAAAGAGGUGGGAAGAGGUGCUUGGCUUUCAAUUGCAUGUGGGGGCUGCCGCACAUGGGCCGGCGGCGGAGUAAAAGCAGAGUGAUGGAGUUCUUACGGCUGGCGAAAGAAAUGUCGGCCCUCUCUGCUUACAACAAGACAGGGUCGAAAGGAAUUUUGACAUUCGGCAAUGGCGACUGCUCUGGUUGGAAGAUGAAUUCGAACGACGAUUCGGGUGGAUUCCGUGCCUUCUUCGACGGGUACAUGGAUCACUACAGGGCGAUGCUGGAAUCGAUGGAGUGGAGCUUUCCGAUCCGAUUGGGGGAAGCGAGAUUGGCGAUGGAGUAUCUGUUCGUUGCGCCGUACAUCCACUCCUCGGAGUGGGAAUUGAGCUGGAGCGAGAUGAUGAGCGAAGGGCGAGAGUUGGUGCGAGGGUUAGGGUUUCAGGGGAUGAGAAUAGUGGGAGAGUGUCUGGCGGAAGCGAGGGAGUUGGUGAGGGAAGGGGAGAGUCAGUAUGGGUUGCGAAUUGAAGGGGAGAAUCAGAAUGAGAUGGUUCUGGAAUGGAGAGGAACACCAUUGCUCAAAGUUUCGGCUUGGAGAUGAGCUUUUGGUUCUAUCUGUUUACCCAACAAAAGUUUUUUGGUGUC